AUGGGUCCUUCCUCACAGUCCAAUGGCAACGACAACAUCACCGUCAAUACCAGUGCUCUGGCUCUGAUAGCUGAUUCCCUGCUGCGAGAACCCAUGCAGCCCUCCGAAGAACUUAAUCUGCGACCUUACUUGGCUACGACCACUGACAAAGCUGACGACGCCCUCUCCCAACGUCUCAUCCCACCGUCGCUGAGUGAAGAGGAGCAGUUGAAGAUGUCUGCGGGAAUGCAUGGGGAGCACUUGGAUGCCCAUUUGACCCCAGCUGAACGGAAGGCCCUUUUGGCGGCUGAAGCCGACUCCUCCAAGCGUACGCCCCUGCGUAUAGGCCACCGUCGUCAACCGCACCCGAACGACAUUUUCUUCCUCAGGCCCACAGAAAAGGCGGAUCUGAUGGAGGAGUUUCGCGAGCAGAUGCCUAUUUUUGGUGGACGCUCUGCUAUCCUACCUGAAGCUCACAAGCAGACUCUACAGGAGGAGAAAAAAAGAAUUCGUGAGGUAACGCCACAUCGAAAAGUCCUGCGAGGUCCUCGUCGCUGGAGAUGA